AUGAUGAAAGCCGAACCAACUCAUGAGGACGGCCAGCCCCUUUCCUUGGAUAUACCCACUUCUCGAAAUACAGUAACAGUCCGAGUUAUCGAUACCACGACUGAAAUGAUCCUAGGGGUAGGAAACAUUGUCUACCCCCGUAUCACCGGCCACACGGAAUUUAUCUUUCCUUCUUAUUCCUUUCUGGUGGAGCAUGAGCCUUCGGGAAGAAAGGCUCUAUUUGAUUUGGGGGUACAGAAGAAUUGGGAGCAGCAAGCGCCCAUGAUUAUUGAUCGAAUUAAAAAUAAUAGAUGGUCAGUGAAGGUGGAAAAAGAUGUGGUAGACAUCUUGGAAGAAAAUGGCUAUCGGGGAGAGCAAAUUGAAGCUGUUAUAUGGAGUCAUUACCAUUGGGAUCACCUUGGAAACCCAUCACGAUUCCCCUCUUCAACCGCCAUUGUCGUCGGACCAGGGUUUAAGGAGAGGUUUUUUCCUGGGGGAAAUGCAGCCCCCAAUUCUCCGAUAAAAGAAGAAUACUAUCAAGGACGUGGUCUUCAGGAGAUAAAAACGGAAGACUUCUCCAUGAAUAUUGCAGGGUUUGGGGCGUUCGAUUACUUUGGCGAUGGUAGCUUUUACCUCCUUGAUACUCCUGGGCAUGCCACGGGUCAUCUUUGUGGUCUCGCCCGUACAACUCAAGACACCUUUAUCUUCAUGGGAGGCGACAUCGCACAUCACUGUGGUGAAUUUCGACCCAGCAAUCAUCAUCCAAUACCCUCGAAGCUAUUCCCAAACCCCCUGGAUCUUUCAUCCGUUCUUCCUUGCCCUGGAUCCCUCUUCACAUCAAUCCAUCCUGAUGGCCGCAGUGAUACGCCAUAUUAUCGCAUCGGGACUUGGCCCGACGGAUCGACCGCAGCAGACGAUCUUCAAGAAGCAGAAAAGAGUCUUAAGAAGUUGGAAGUAUAUGAUGCGAAAGCAGACCAGGUAUUUGUUAUCCUGGCUCACGAUCCAGCGAUGCGCGGUGUGAUCGACUUCUUUCCAAGUGACGUGAAUCGAUGGAGGGAAAAAGGUUGGGGAGAAAAGACGAGAUGGGCGUUUCUGCGGGAUUUCAAGAAUGCAAUUCAGUUUCCAGGCCGAAUUGAUUAA